AUGAGGCAAAAGACCUUGUUUUUGGAGGGAAGUGAAGCGUGUGCGACAUAUAGCCACCUUUGCUGGGGUUUGGUCAGUCAGGCAGCUUUAAAUCGAAAGCGAACUUGGCUUUUGGCAUUAGUUCUACUUGUGCUGCUCGAGCGUUCGCAGUCCGCAAUGAAAGUACUUGUUUGUCUUCUGGCUCUGGCAGCCACUCUGGCAACCGCCAACGCGGGUCUCCUCAGUCUGCUGAAGGGAGGCGGUGGUGGUGGUGGCGGUGGCGGUGGCUAUGGCGGCGGAUACGGUGGUGGCUACGGAGGCGGCUACGGAGGUGGCUAUGGCGGCGAGAGCACGCUGAAGGUCAUUAAAGUGAUCGGCGAUUCCGGAGCUGGAUACGGUGGCGGAUACGGAGGUGGCUAUGGAGGAGGCUACGGUGGAGGCGGCUAUGGCGGUGGCUAUGGAGGUGGUUACGGAGGUGGCUACGGCGGUGGAUACGGAGGUGGCAGCACUGUUAAAAUAAUUAAGGUUAUCACCGAUGGAUCCGGCUACGGAGGAGGAUACGGUGCAGGUGGCAGCUACGGAGGCAGUUACGGAGGCAGCUACGGAGGCAGUUACGGAGGCAGUUACGGUGGUAGCUACGGUGGUCAGCCCGGAUGGUGGAAGACAAAGUGA